UGAUAAAUAAAACACAUCACGAUCUAGGGUAUAAACUCAACUAUCUAGAGUUUCAAUCGUUACUCGUAACACUACUUAGAAGCAGAAAAGGUAUUCAUAGUACUCAGCAAUGGCAGUGGAGCAACCGGAUUGGCUUGACGCGUAUUACGUGCAAAAAGUUCUGCGAAAAGCUGAAAUGGACGAAUCCAUCGAGGUCUUUGGAAUCACAGUGAAACCAGCCACGGCCAAGGGGGAUAAUUGUACCAGCGAUAUGCAUCGUGUCAGUGUAGAAUUUUCCCGCGGUCAGAAAGAUCGCCGAAUUCAGGAGAUGCGAUCCAUCAUAGUGAAAGUCGCCCCUCAAGAUCUUCGAGAAAAAUUGAUAGAGAGUAUGGGAAUUUUCGACAUCGAGUUGUCAAUGAUGUCAACUACGCUGCCAAAGAUGCAGGAAAUCCUCGGAACAUUUUUUACGGAACCUCUAGGUGCACGGUGUUUGUACCAUCAGAUUGAGAAACCAACUCAUAUAGUCAUCGAGGACCUGACUCCAAAGGGAUUCAAAAUGGCUCAUCGCCGAUUAGGCCUGGACCUAAGCCACUCUGUACUCGUUGUUCGAAAUCUCGCUAGAUUUCACGCUUCUUCAAUUGCGCUCAGAGAAAAGGAUCUGAAAGCAAUUGACAAGUAUAAGAAAGGAAUCUUCCACAAGGAUCAUCCAAUCGAGAUAAGGAAGCUGCUCAACGCAAACGUAAGAUCCCUUGCAAAAGAGACAGCGAAUUGGUCUGAGCUCAAUCCACGAAUUCCAGAAAAACUUCUCAAGCUUUUCGACGUUAUGUAUGAGAAGGCAUGCGAGGUUACUCUCUAUCGUGAGGAUGAUUUUAAUGUUCUCAAUCACGGCGAUUUGUGGGUGAACAACGUGAUGUUUCGCUAUGACAACGAUCAGAAGCCGGUGGACCACAUAUUUGUGGAUUUUCAAUUUUGUCAUUGGGGCUCACCAACAGAAGAUCUUCUUUUCUUUUUUGGCUCAAGUUUAUCCGACGAUGUCCGAGUUCAGCAUCGCGAUUCACUUAUACGCGAAUAUCAAGCCACCUUAACCACCACGAUAUCCAAACUAAAGUGCAAAACGGAACCUCUCAGCUUCGAAAACCUACAAGCACUAUUGGAAAGAAGAGCUUUUUACGAAGUGAUUGCUUCGAUUACAAAAUUAGCAAGUGUUGUUUUCGAAGAAGGGGAAGAAUUUGAUUUCGAAGAAAAAAUGAAAGUUGGUGAAGAAUACGUCCACCCAGGUUAUCGAGGUAAGAACUACAGGAAAAUCAUGACUAGACUCCUACCGUUGUACGAUAGUAUGGGAUUGUUGGACAUGUAAGUGUUUGCAGCGAUCAUCGGGAGCUCCAGUGUACCCUGAAUAAAUGCUGUAAUUAAGAGAAAAUUAACCAGCCUUACUGAUUCUAUCAUGAGUGAGCACACAUCGAUGUAUGCAACACAUCGAGUUGCACGCUAGAUAAUGAAUAACAACUAAAUACAAGUCAAACGUGUGAGAAGACAUGCCGAUCGUAGUUUUAAUAAUUUCACUAUAGAUGUGAUGUCGGUCUAAUUACAGAGAAUUACAGAAAAUUCAAUCAAUUGAAUGAUUUGGAGAUAGAAGGAUGAGCCGAAGAAUAAGAUACUGUAGAGAUUUGCUUUCAUCAAUAUCUGGCCUUGGGCUGGAGUGUUUGUAUGAGCUUGGAAAAUGAAUUCUAGGUAGUUAGUACAGCUCAG